UAACAAAAAAGAAAAAAAUAAAAGGAUAAAAUCCCCCCCAUCGAAAUACACAAAAAAAACGAAAUUUCCAUCCUUAUUUGACCGCCUUUUUCAUUAUUAUUAUUAUCUCUCUAAUAAUAAUCUAAACAAUAAUAACAAGUCCGUGUGUUGUGCUGUGGUGGUGUGAUUUCCAGACGCGUCUUCCAUGGCUACCCAACCAUCAGGAAAUGGUCCACCUCCAAAACCAUGGGAACGAGCCGGUUCGGCAUCUGGUCCUACUCCAUUUAAACCGGCAUCUGGUGGUAGUACAAGUGAUGUAGUCGAAGCAUCUGGAACAGCUAAACCAGGCGAAAUUGUUACUUCAAACGACACAACGUCGGCUAUAAACAGAAAUAAUCUUGGCAGACCUGUGCCUGCGAGGCCGUGGGAGCAGCAACAGACGUAUGGAACCACAUUAGGAGGUGCCGGUUAUGGUUCCACUUUGGGUUACAAUUCUGGCUAUGGGGCCGGAGGUUAUGGUUCAUACGGUGGAAUGGGAUCUCUUAAUAGUGGUGGUCUUUAUGGAAAUAGUAUGUAUAGAGGAGGUUAUGGUGGCCUUUACGGAGGCGGUAGCAGCAUGUAUGGCGGAGGAAUGUAUAAUAGUUAUGGCGGAAUGGGUGGGAUGGGGAUGGGGAUGGGAAUGGGAAUGGGCAUGGGUGGCAUGGGUAUGGGCGGGCCGGGUGGUCCGUACGGUGAUGAUGAUCCAAAUAAUCCAUUUGGCCCCCCUUCACAGCCUCCAGGGUUUUGGAUUUCUUUGAUGCGUGUGAUGCAAGGAUUUGUAACAUUCUUUGGCCGAGUUGCUAUGCUGAUAGACCAAAACGCUCAAGCCUUUCACAUGUUCAUGUCGGCUCUUCUUCAGUUGUUCGAUCGGUCAGGAUUGUUAUAUGGAGAGUUAGCUAGAUUUGUAUUUCGAAUCUUGGGUGUUCGAACAAAGCCUAACAAGAUUCAACCCCCUGGACCUAAUGGACCCUAUGGUCCUCAAAAUCAAAUCGAGGGACCUAAAGGUGCACCUGCUGGCGCCUGGGAUGGCGUUUGGGGAAACAAUGCAAAUAAUUAAUCUUCAUAAUCACAAUGAACAAACAAACAAACAGAAGAAGUGAAUCAAUGAAACAACUGAGAAUGUCAGCAGUCUGUAUGGAAUCAAGGACUACAGAUGAAAGUCGUGCUGAUCGGCUGUAUAGAUAAGGUAUUCUCUGUAUUUGGAGAUGUCUUUGCAUGAAAUAAUCUUAUUUCUUAUCUCUACCCUUGUAGUUAUUAUGUAGUAUUGAAUGAUGUUGCCCUGACAUGAGGUUUGGAGUCGUUUAAGGUAAAUUUAAGGUUAUUUAACUUUAUUGUAAGUGUAAAAUUUUCCAAUUGCAUGUUCUACGCGAUAUUAAAUCAUUGUUGAAGUCUAUGAUUUUUCAA